CACACACAGUUCAGUUCACAAAUCUACAUGGUAUCGGAGCAUUCCCUGGGAAAGAACAUGAAACCCUAGGGUUUCUUCUUCGUCAGUUCAUCCUCGUCCGGCGCACGUCUAUCCUUCGCCGGUGGUCUUCCGCUUCUAGUCAGUCACUCUAGUCGCUGCCUCUCUUCUGUUCGCAUCUGUUUCUUCGAAGAUGGCAGCGGAGAACACGUCAAAUACCAACCGCACACGGUUGAUUCAUGACCCUUCCUCCAUCUAUUAUCUACAUCCUUCUGAAGGUCCCGGCAAUUCUCUCACUAAAUAUUUGUUGAAGAGUGAUAACUUUGAUAUAUGGGAGAAAGCUAUACGCAAUGCACUUGGAGGUCGUGGGAAAGCUAUUUUCUUGUCAUCCGUAGGAGUGCCGAAGCCUACCGAUGAACACGAGUUGUCUGCUUGCUGUUCGAAUGGACCACGUAUUUAUCAGUUAAAAUCUGAGUUAAAUUCUCUUCGUCAAAAGGGUCAAAGUGUGAUCUCUUAUUAUAAUCAGUUCAUCACCUUGUGGAAUCAAUUGCAUGGUUCGAAGAAUCCUACCAAUGGGUGCAAAUGCGAGGCUGCCGCCGUCAUGCGUGUCCUUGUUGAGCGUGACAAAACCAUUGAUUUUCUUCUUGGGCUUGACGAUGAACAAUUCGGUCAUAUUCGGUCUCAAAUAAUGGCCACCGAUCCUGUCCCGGAUAUUGAUCGUGCUUACUCCUUGAUUUCUCAAGAAGAACGGCAUCGUCAUAUUGUUCGUACUCGUGAUGAUCGCACCGAACAGUCCUCACCAUUGUCCACAGAUCAGUCCCCUUCCUCGUCCACUUCUUCUGCCCCGUCUUCAUCUUCUUCCCCGGCAGCCACGCAUGGGGAGAUAUCUUCCACAGCCGAGUCCCCGGUGCCCCUACCACCUCGUACUCGGCGCCUCCCUCCCCGUCUUAACGAUUAUGUCCUUAAUUGCGCCACAGCGAAUACUCCAGUUUUGUCCUCGCCUAGUUCGGUCCCAUCCGGUACUCGUUUCCCUAUCACUAACUGUGUUCAUUAUGAUAAGUUGCAUGACAGGUACAAGGGCUUUCUCGGUGCCAUUGAUGUUUCACCGGUUCCUAAGUCUUAUCGCGAGGCUGUCAAGUUCGCCUCUUGGAGAGAGGCGAUGGCACAGGAGUUCACAGCUUUGGAACGGAACCACACAUGGGAUAUCACUGAUCUUCCUCCUAAUCGGCGGGCACUCGGCUGCCAAUGGGUUUUUCGCACCAAGUACAGAAAAACACUACAAGCUCGCUCACAUCCAAAAAAAGCAGAAACAAUGGAGACUUCCCAAAUCUAUGCAGAAGAAGAAUGCCACAGCUGCGAAUCCGGGUGGACGAUGUACAUCGGCUCCCCUCCCAACUACGACUCCUCCCCGUCGUUCUCCGAAGAAGAAGGUGAUGAUGAGCUCGUCAUCGACAAAGACUCCUACGACGAAAACAGCGACGACUCCAUGGCCUCCGACGCCUCGUCGGGCCCCACCCGCUACUGCAUGCCGCAGCAGCGGGCUCGCGGCACGAUGGAGGCUGUUGAUGAUAAGACUAGCAAAAAAGUUAGGAUUGAUGAUGAUGAUGAUGAGCCAAAGGUGAGUUGGUCGUCAAAUUACAUUAUUGCCCCCAAGAUGAAGAAGAAUAAGAUGAAGAAGAAUGGGGGAAAGGAAGAGUGUGUCCAUAGUGCAAAAGGAGGUGUUGCUGAUUCCAAGAUGGAGAGGAAGAAGAGUUGGAGGCUAGGGUAAAAAAGGAAAGUGAUGAUUUAUAUUCUGAAUUAACUACUCGUAAUUCCUUAAUUAAUAAUGUGAUCUUAUAUUAGUAUUAUUAAUUAGUGCAAGGUACCAUUAAAAAUUAUUCAAUAAUUAUUCUAGUAAUUACAAAUAUAUUAAUGAAAGGGGGGAAAUUUU